GUUUGACAAGAAAUAAAAUCCCCCUGUAAUUUGAGGUAUCCAACACAGAUCCAGAGUAAACACUGUGUGUUCAUCUCGUCUUGACAGUGAACAGCCAGAAAGAUGUUGUCCAUGAAGAGAGCAUUACAAUUUGUUCCACGACGAUAUAUGGCUGUAGUGACUGGCUCGCAUCCACAGGUCACACAGCCUCUCAACUACAUAGGAGGACAAAGAGUGGACCCAGCAAACUCACCAAACACCUUCAAUCUAACAUCUCCUGCUACAGGUGAAGUUCUCCGAACUGUUGGAAAUGCUGGAGGCAAGGAUGUUGAUGAGGCUGUGUCUGUGGCUCAAGAUGCAUUUAAAACCUGGUCAAAGAUGGGAGGCUUUGAACGAGGAGCAAUACUGAAAAAGGCAGCCAAUAUAGUCAGGGAGCGGACAGAGGAGAUGGCUAGGACCGAGGUACUUGACACAGGCAAGCCUAUAUGGGAGGCAAGAUACGACAUCGUAAGCUGUGCCGACACUAUUGACUAUUAUGGUGGGCUGGCUGCAAAAAUUGCAGGAGAGUACCAACAAUUGCCCAAUGGGAGCUUUGCUUACACAAUCAAAGAGCCGCUGGGUGUUGUUGGAGGUAUUGGAGCCUGGAAUUACCCAUUUCAGAUGGCAUCAUGGAAGUCAAGUCCAGCCCUUGCUGCAGGGAACACUAUGGUAUUCAAACCAUCCCCGUUUACACCACUGACCGCUGUGAUGUUGGCAGAAAUCUACACAGAAGCUGGCCUGCCACAUGGCUGUUUUAAUGUUGUCCAGGGUGAAGGAGAAACUGGGGAGUUGCUAAGCAACCACACAGGUGUGUCCAAAAUGACUUUUACUGGCAGUGUUCCAACAGGUAGCAAGAUCAUGGAGGCAUGUGCUAAGCAAAUUCAUCAUGUAACUUUAGAGCUUGGGGGGAAAUCUCCCUGUAUCAUCUUUGAGGACAGUGAUCUGGAUAGUGCAGUGACUGGUGCCAUGUUAGCCAACUUCCUCAACCAAGGACAGGUGUGCUCAAAUGGAACAAGGGUGUUUGUACAAGAAAGUGUCAUGAAACCCUUCUUGGAAAAGUUGGUGGAGCGAACCAAAGCAAUGAAAAUUGGUGAUCCAAAUGACGAAGACACCACUGUCGGUGCUACAAUCAGCCCAGAACAGGCACACAAAACUCUACAGUACAUAGACAUUGGUAAAACAGAGGGAGCUCGCGUUCUGUAUGGAGGUGAACGUGUGACACCUAGCCCUAGUCUAGCUGGUGGCCACUAUAUCCAGCCCUGUAUACUAACUGGUUGCCAAGACAACAUGCGAGUGGUCAGGGAGGAGGUAUUUGGAAGUGUCAUGUCUGUACUCAGCUUUUCAAGUGAUGAAGAGGUCAUUACUCGUGCCAAUGAUUCAGAAUUUGGACUGGCAGGAGGAAUCUUCACAAAUAACUUACAGAGGGCUCACCGAGUGGCAAGCAGUCUGGAAGCGGGCUCUCUCUAUAUCAAUAACUACAAUGUGUAUCCAGCCGGAGUUCCAUUCGGCGGGUACAAGAAGUCAGGCAUCGGACGCGAAAACGGACCAGAAGCAUUGGACUAUUACACACAGAUAAAAUCUGUUUAUGUAGAAAUGGGAUCAGUUGAAGCACCCUUUUGAAGGACUAUGUUAAUAAUGUGUAGCGUGUGACUAACAUUCUGACAGGUGAUAUCAAGGUUAUAUCCAAAGGAAAGCUACCUUAUUAAUCCAGAGCCAGGAUGUAUGUAGGAGGGAACCAACCCCAUGUAAUCUAGUCCUGAACUAGACAGUGACAGAUAUGUGAAAGGGGAAUUAUAAUUCAAAUGAGUACAAGACAUUUGAUAGAGAAAAAUUAAUUCAUGAAGAUACAGAAUAGUUUUUUUUUAAUUUGAUAAAAUUGUUUGUGAAUUUAAAAUUAACUAUUUAACCAGAAAUAAGGAUACAUUAUUAAACAGGCAUUCCACAUCCCACAGGGGGAGGACCUAAUGUAUGAGACAUGGCUAAAAUAGACAGAACAUCCAGUUGUUAAAUUUUCAUUUUAUAAAUCGGUUUUAUUUUCUACAUUUUCAAAUGGAAAAUGAUAAGAAUGGUAAGGGAAUACAAAACAAAAUAGAUCAAUCACCUUAUGGUUUGGAGAAACUGAAAAUAAGACUAUAAAAUGUUGUAGAGAUUGACAGCAUGUUUGAUCUGUAGGGAAAGGAAUUUGGGUGAUCGGGUAAAAAGGGCACAGAGAAAAGUUCAACAAAGGUGUGAAAAUUAUUUAUGAAUAAUACAGGUUAACACUUCAUUGUGUUUCACAAACAGCAUUUAGAAAACAGGGUUAUCCGUGUUGUGAUGAAUGAGUUUUGUCCACUUUGCCAGUACAGGUGUUUGUGAACUCCUGAGAUAUGAAUCCAAGCUGCUCAAAUAUAGGUUGAUAGUGAAAAGUAACUUGGUAUGUAUGUUGAUGUCUUUGAGGAAAUAGUAAACAUUUAUACAUUCCAAACAGUUUUAAGAUGUUGUUGAGCAAAUGUUUGAACAAUAAGGAAUUUUUUCAUAUUUAUGUGUUUAUUGUCUUUAAGAAGUUACACGGAGGGAAUCGAAAUCCAAAACACUUUGAUAAUCUCGGACAUUACUUCUAAUUGACGGGGAUUAAAUCCCUGAACAACUGACAAUCACUCCUGUAAUAUCAGUUGGAUUUGGAUCGUCUCCCAGUCGGUUCCUGCUUGAUAAAAUGCUGAGCUGAACUUCCUUGGCUGAUGUCUCAGUUUACUGUUGUCUCAUAUACAUGUAGUAUUUAGCAUUGGAGUGUUGUUUGUUUACAUCAUGGUAAUGUUGUUUUGACUUCACUGUUUGAGGUUGUUUGUGUUCUAAUAUUGUAUAACUGCCAAGUGAUGUAUUUAUUUACAUGAAGCAAUUUGAUUGAUAUUGUGAGAUCAAGAAAUACAUUGAGAAAUAUUUUAUUUUUAAAUACAUGUAUUGCCAUCAUUAACAAAUAAAUUUUUUUGUAAAUAA